AUGAACUGGCUACGUACAGCUGCAUCUGCAUAUUCAAAUAUACUCGCUGAUCCCGAAUGGCCAAAAUAUGACCUUCUCGAAAGUAAUAAGUUCUACGAGAAACGACAUUAUUAUUCAUUUACAUGUGUGGCAUAUGCAUUUUCUGCUAAGGCUGGUGAUGAACCUGUGAUGUCUAAUUUAUGGAAGCUUGUUAAAUAUACACAAGGUGAAAAUGUCGAUGGUAAAAUCCUAAAAAUUUGUCUGCCGAUCAUGGUUAAAGUUCAUCCAUCGUUAAUAGCUGAUGGAGAAAAUCAAUUUACAAUAUUGUUACUACUUGAUAAAGAUAAUAAUAUAAAUUCACCACCAUUACCAACUGCUGAUGGUGUUUUUAUUUAUCAUCAAUCGGAAAAAAUUUUUUAUGCAAAACGGUUUGGUGGUUUUGCUAAAGAAAAUGAUUGGAAAAGAGAAAGUAGUAAUAUAUUAGAAUUAUGUAAAGCAUUUGCAAUUAAUCGUGAAGAAGUUAUUUCAGCAACAUAUGAUAUGCCAACAAAACUUUUCAAUCGUCAUAAUGAAGUUUUAGUUGCUGAAAUUACUGAAAAUAUUCCGAACGAAACAACAGUUGAUGUUUGUUAA